CUUGUCUGUUUAAUUUUAUUUCUUGUCUCGUAGUGUGUAGUCGUCAUACAUCAUACUCAUCAAGAGAAAAUAGACAAGAACUAGGCCGCAGGAACGUAUAUUCUCGGUUUUAAAGGCGUAACUGAUGGGCGACAAGGGAAUGAUUUCUAUUAAUGAAAUAUUGAAAGGAAAGACAAAGUCUACAUCUUGGGCACAGGACGAUGAAAACGAGGAAGUAGUCGAAGAGAAGGUUACGAGGACUGCGAAGACUUGGAAUACCAUCGAGAAGGUUGAAGCAGUUUCUAUCAAAGAGCAGCAUGCUGCCGGUCUGAGUGAGUCUGAUGUAAGAAACGAGCCCUAUCGGGUUCGAGACGUGAUUCAUUCUAGAACUGACCAGACUAACAGCGGCAAUCAAAAUUCAUCUCGCUAUGCUGCGACGGAUGGAUACCAAAGUCACGGCGCCCCUCGCGAAGAUUCGGAUCGCCAGCGACCUUUUCCACCUCGUAGUUCUUAUGAACACCGCCCCUAUUACGGCGAUGGUCCCUAUCAGAGACCACGUGAAGACGACCAUUCUCAUAGCGGUGAUGGCGCUUCUUGGAGAGGUGGAUCGGGCUACCGCUCUUCUUACCACUCCCCACCUAAAUACCGUCAUCAGUACUCUUCGCAAUCUUCUUAUCCCCCUCCUUCACGCGGGUAUGGAGGUGGCGGACAUCGCGAGUUUUCGUCCUAUCAUAGAGCUCCUCUACCUACCUCCCCACCAUGGAAAGCAUUUGUAGGUAAGUUGCCCCCUCAUGUAAGGAAAGAAGACCUUUUGGAAUUGUUUCGGGAUCUUCCUGUCAGAUCUGUCAGCUUGAUAAAAAGCAGCUCGAACCAGACGAAUUAUCCGUAUUACGCAUAUGUAGAGUUCGAUGAUCUGCCUUCCCUGGAAAAUGCCUUGAAGUACGACAAUACGGAACUUCUCGGGUCUGUCAUUCACGUCAGUGUAGCUACCGGAAAGGCCGGCGGCAGCAGCUAUUUUUCAAACUACAACUCCUUCUCUUCUGGUGGCAAGUAUUCAUCACAGCAUAGGCCAUUCUCGACCGAACCUAAACCUGCUCCCGACGAGCGAAAGCCCCUUAUUCUAGAGCCUCGUACGACACCUCUAUCUUCCGACAACUCAAGACCUGAUGUAAUGUCCAAAGCUUCGAGUAACAGAGACCGCAUCUUUGGUUCCGCUCUACCCGCAGAUAAAGACUACUACGACGUUCAAGGCUCUCGAUCUCAACUAGAAGAAAAGCAGCCUUUCUCCUCAGAAAAACCAUCGUCUGCUUAUCACCAAGAACCCUAUUCCAUGGAUGAACCUACUAUAAACAAUGGCACCUCAUCGACCAAUAAGAGCAAAAAUUCGAAAAAAACCCCCAACACCGCCAGCAGUCAGACAACAGAAAGCAAUCAUGAAACACAACAACACAAGCAACCAUCUAGACGCAAAAAUGCAGCUGGUAUGGCGUCUGUCUCAUCUGCCAGCGCCAGUUCCACAAAGCAGACUAUUACUACCAACAACCUCUUUACUAUACUUGAAGAAUUAACGUGACUGAGUUUUUGUUCUCUCUUUUUUCCUCCUCCCGCUUCCCUCUCUCUCCCCAAACCCUAAACGCGCAUACGUUCACCUCAAGCCCUCCGUCGUAUUCCAGAUGCCAACCCGUUAGCCGUAAAUAAAAAAACUCGUUCAAACCAA